AUGCCGCGCUCUGCAUGCGGUCGCUAUCUGCCGCUGGCAGUUGAGACGGCAGGGGAGCCAGCAGGAGACCCCUUGAGUUUCGGAGGCCCCCUUGCUCGGUCUAAGCGUCUGCAGCAGACGUUCAGGUUGGAGGGCGUGGGAACACUGGCACGAGCCCCGACAUGCAUUGGUGAUAUGGCAGUUUGCAGCGGCUGCGCAUGGAUGCAGGUCGUACGCCAGUGGAAUCUCGAGACAGGGGCCUUGGCCGUCGACUUGAAGGGGCACACAGACUCGGUGCGGUGUAUCAGCAGCUCCUGUGGAUUUGGAGGUGUACUUCUCUCGGCUGCAUACGAUGCAACUGCCAAGCUGUGGGACGUUCGCACGCGUAACGCCUGUCUCACGAUUACCCAAGGAAGUCCGACGGAAGCCGCUCGUUUGCUGGAUGUUUCUUCCACGCUGCAAAUCCUCACUGCUGCGGGAACGCAGGUGCGACUUUGGGAUGUGCGGCAAGCGGAGACGCCAUUGUGGGAGCUGAGCAGCUUUGCCAAGACUGUCAUCGCUCUUAAGGAGAUACCGGUUGGCACUGGGGCCUCUAAUGCUGGAGCAGCACGGGAUGGCAGCUCUUCCUUGUUGCUCGCGACUGCCUCCCUCGACAACGUUGUUCGCAUAUUUUCUCUCGAUACCCUACAGUUGCAGCAGUGCUUCGGCUUGCGGAGCGACGUGCUGUGCAUGGAUGCGGUUGCUGGCGACGUCAGCCUUGGCAGCAAACGCAGCAGCAGCAGGGGAGGCGGAGCGAGAAGCAUCAACAGCAGCAGCUGCCGCCUCCUGGUGGGCUUGGCAGACGGAGGAUGGAUGGUACGACAACAAACAGCGGGUGCCACACGCGCACUUAGUGAGGAGCUGCUGCUCGUGCAGCAGCAGCAGCAGCAGCAGCAGCAGCAGCAGCAGCGCAAACGCCUGCUGCAGCUUAAGCCAUCGGAUGCAGGGUAUUUCAAAAGAGGACGCUCCGCACCGGCAAAUGCGGGAGACAUGGUGGUACGCGUGUUUAGGGACGUUCCUGCAUCCUUUUUUUCAGACUUUGUUGCUGUGGGCUCUCUGGUUGAAGAGACUGGGAACGCUGCUGCUGUUGCUGUUGCUGUUGCUGCCCCAGGUUGA